AUGAGGACGAAAAUCCUCCCUUUGUGCGCUCUCGUGGCAUGUGCUCACUAUGCCGGUGCCAACGAGGUAGAUCAAAUGAGCCACUGGAUAUAUGAACAGCAACCUUGCGAAAAUACACCCACGAGCCGCAGUUGUUGGGGACAUUUCAACACCGAGACAAAUUACUACACCACUGCGCCGGACACUGGGGAAACCGUGGAAGUAUGGCUCUCUGUACAGGAGGGAAUCUGCAAUCAAGAUGGCUAUGAACGUCCUUGUAUGACGUUCAACGGGACAAUGCCAGGUCCCCCCAUUGUCGCCAACUGGGGCGAUAACCUCAAAGUCCACGUCACCAAUAACAUGGAGUCAAAUGGCACAUCAGUACACUGGCACGGUGUGCAUUUGCGCGGAAGCAACAAAAUGGAUGGAGUGCCCGGCGUCACUCAAUGUCCCAUUUCACCAGGCGAGUCAUUCACCUACCAAUUUAGAGUCACGCAGUACGGCACGAGCUGGUACCAUAGUCAUUUCUCUCUUCAGUCAACCGAGGGCCUGUUUGGUCCCCUCAUCUUCCACGGUCCGGCUACUGCCGACUACGAUGAAGAUUUAGGAUCGCUUUUCCUCCAGGAUUGGUCGCACAGUCCGUCAUUCACCGACUGGGACACCAAGCAGAAAUUCGGCAUCACACAUUCUCAAACCACGACAUUGAUCAAUGGAACCAACACCUUCGACUGUUCCAACGAGUCGGAUGUCAAAUGCGUUGGCGGCGGAAAGAAGUUCGAGAUGCUCUUCGAAGCAGGCAAGAAACACCGUCUGCGUUUGAUCAACGUCGCGGUCGACAGCCAGUUUCAAUUCAGCAUCGAUGAUCACAAACUCACAGUGAUUGCCAAUGACUUUGUUCCCAUUGAACCGUAUGUCGCCGACAGCGUGAUCGUCAACGUGGGUCAGAGAUACGACAUCAUCGUCGAGGCCAAUGCCACACCGGGAGAUUACUGGCUGCGAGGAGGCUGGGUUAAGUCUUGCCAGGGUGUUGCCAACGAUCAUCCUGAAUCUGCAACGGGAAUCGUUCGCUACAGCGGUGGUAGCAACAAGGACCCAAUCAGUACUACCUCCAUUGUGGCCCCGCUGUCUUGUAAUGACGAACCGGAAGCCCAUCUGGUGCCGAGAUUGAAGCUUGAUGUGGGAAGCAUUACUGCAACGACCGUGGAGGACAUCAAUGUUCGGCUCACUCAUGCUGCAUUGUUCCAGUGGACCAUCAAUAGCAGUAGCUUGGUGCUGGAUUGGGGAAAGCCGACUCUUCAGCGAAUAUUUAAACAAGAGUCCAUAUUCCCAACGCCCUACAACGUGGUAGAGGUUGAGAAAAAAACAGAUGACAAGGAUGAAUGGGCGGUCUUAGUGAUCGAGAACAAGGCCGCUACCUUUUUCGGAGGCAUCGCUCAUCCUAUUCAUUUCCACGGACAUGAUUUCUGGAUUCUCGCGCAAAAGAAUACCACCUGGGACGGGACCUCGUCCUCAUUCCAGACGAAGAACCCAGUCCGUCGGGAUACAGCGGUACUUCCAGCACACGGAUAUCUUGCUCUCGCCUUCCAAUUGGAUAAUCCUGGGGCGUGGCUGGUUCAUUGCCAUAUCGCGUGGCACUCGAGCAUGGGCCUUGCGUUGGAGUUUGUAGAAAGACAAGAUUCCAUAUCUGCUACCAUGGGCGAUUGGAAGAAUCUGGACAGAACAUGCAUAUAG